AUGUCUGAUAGCUUUCAUACACCAUCUAAAAUUGUGCCUAGUCUCAUUGAAGAUGAAGAUGGCACCUUUACAGAAUUUAUAAAUCGCAGUGCUACUAAUAGAAUGAUUGAUGCACAUCUUGAAGCUUCAGGAUCGAUCAACUUGCCAGAAUAUCAAACCCACAAGUAUAAGAUUCGUGAACUUAUUGCAUUAUGUAUUUUUAACGGGAGCUCGGCAAACUUGUUGUCAACAGUUAGUCCAAGAGUCAGUGAAAAAUUUAAGAAGAUGAAUUUAACACUGCCCAGAAAACCUUCGCUCUCAGGAGUUUUUGAAAUAGUUAAUCUAAGCAAUCUACGAUUUAAGCAUGUGCCUUUAGCGAGUUUAAAGUUCCUAAAUGACCACUUUAGGAUGAAAAUUUUGAAUUUAUCAUCAACAAAUGUUAAUGUUGCUCAGUUGAAUGGUGCCAACCUUAAUAAUGUAGAGGCCUUGUUUCUGGAGAAUAUCGGAUUAACAACGUUUCCCCGCUUGCUCAGCUUCAGCAUUCUUAGAGUUCUCGACCUAAGCAACAAUAAUAUCACAAAACUAGAACCUGAAGGCUAUUUCGAUAAAAAGGCGAAAAAAUAUGGAGAAUUACCACAUCUGGAAUUUUUGUAUUUAUACAACAAUCCUAUUAAACGUACAGAUAUUAGUUCGGAAUUUGCUAGGAUAUUUGUCUACGAUGCUGAUAUUAUAUUAGACGAAUCAUCUCUGUCGAUAAGCGAGCUACGUCUGAACAAGAGAGGAGGCUCGAGAAAAAGACCUAUUGGAUUAGUCUCAGAAGACGAAGACCAACCAUCAGGAACUAAUACGUGA